AUUAUUACGAUAUUAUAUCUAUCUUUGUGGUUACGUGCGCGAGAACUUUCUUUACUUUGGUGAUCCUUUGUGAUAGUGACAUUCCAAGUAAUGUGCUCUUUUUGUGAUAGUGACACUUUACUGCUAAAUGAGCGGGAAAUUUUCUCACUUUGAUUAAUUACAAUUUACGAUGCCGAGGAGAAGACGACCUGACUUAGGUCGUCGUAGUCAAUCAAAUGUGCGAAGAGCUACCUCACGAGCUAACCGCGCUGAUGACCAGAGACAGACAGAUCAAGAAAAUAGUCGUAUUGCUAUGUCAGAAUUGCGUUCUUUAGAAGUGGUGCCUCCACAAGCGGAGAUUAUUGAGGCCGAUCUGUACAAGAGAUCAUAUUUUGGGCCUGAUGUUCCUACUUUGGAGCUGGAAUGUUGGGAGGAGGAAUUGUCAGAGGUGCAACUGCAGGCCUACAAAAAUGCUGACGAGGAAUACAAAAGCAUCCAAAACAAACUUGACGAGAUGGUAAAGAACACCGGCGGUGAGAUCGUAUAUAACGGUGACCAGUUUACGGCUUACCAACUACUUGGCAAACAACCAGUAUUAAAAGAUUUAGAGCGUCAGAGUGCAGAUAUCAUUAGAUCUAGAUCACGCUCACUUUCCAUAUCAAAAGAAAGACCUAAUAAAAGAGGUCGCCCUAGGAAGCAGCGCGAGGAAGACCGCGACUACUCUCCAUCCCCAGAGAGGGCCAAAUCACCAGAACAGAAACCUAAAAAGAAGAAGAAAGACAAAGAAAAGUAUAAGGAGAAAGAGAAAGACAGAGAAAAGGAUAAAGAAUCAACUAAGACUAAAGAUAAAACAUUGGCACCAUCAAAUGUGCACAGUGUGGUCACAAACAUUCGACCUUCCGAGGCGACUGCAAUUGGUGGUCUGCUCACUGGCAGUGCCACUAAAACUACAGCUAUUGUGGAUCUUACUAAAGAAGAUGGCAAUAAGAAUGUGGCCGAUUCACGUGAAGUGUCCUUCAAUAAAUUGCAAGGCAAAACAUUCCCAUCACUGGUGGUGGUGGCGCGUCCGUACCUGCGCGCCAAGGACGCCGCGCCGCCCUCGGACCGCUCGGCUCUCGACAGCAAGGUGAAGUCAGUACUCAUGCAUACGCCCAUGAAGUUCACCGAGUGGCUCAUACAGCAAGGGUUGGUGCGGUCCGAGCAGUGGUGCGCUGUGCACGCCGGGAAUAAACUGAAACUUGGUAUGUACUCAGAUGUAUCGAAAUUCCCAUACUCCGGCGGUUACGUUUGGAUAUCCGAGUGCUGUCCCACUAGAUUCGUCUCUGUGUACUCAAGUUCCAUAUUCGAAGGGGCGACAUUCCCCCCCAGCGUGCUUCUAAAACUCAUCUACCACUGGGCGUGCCAAACAAACGUACAGAAUGUAGUCCAAUGGGUCAAAGUGGACAAUUUGUAUGUGAAAGGGCUAUUUACGUGGCUAAGAGCUAUUUGUACCUCAGCCAUCCACCAGCACAUGGGUUUGCUAGGUGGUUCUAAUAGGAAAGUGGAGGUUGGUGUAAUAUCCCUGGGUACCACGAGCCAUGAUGGGACACAGAGGCAGGUGAAGGUCGAAGUGUUGGGCGUCUUGGAUCCUGUAGAGAAAUUGAUUCGUCUCCGAGCAGUCGAACCACUCGCAGAACACGAGAAGAAUUACAAAAAAAGGUUCCAAAAGAUCCUCGAGCCCCUCACAGCCUGGGUCCAUCCAUCAUCAGUAAUCCUCACAGACUUGACUGUAGACAAGGGAACCCUUGUCUCUAUGGGCUUUAAGACUGUCCAUCAAUCGUCUACACAUUCAGACUCCAAUGCCAGGAACAGUAAUGCCAACAUUAUGGAGUAUUUAAGAAGGAUUGUUCCGAGAAUGUUCCAGAAUACAUUGUCUCUACUCUCGCGGCAAAUUAUACAGCAGUUUCUUGAUGAACUGGUUUGGAGGGAAAGGUACGGCAUAUCUCCAGGCCAAGCGUUCGACAAUAUUGUCUGUCACAUCUCAGAGCAGACCAAACUGGAAAGCAAGGAUGUGAUCACAGUUCGAUUGAACAAGAUCGCGGCCAAUCCGUUCAAGAACUGGAAGUAUCCUUCUGGAAAGAAAAAGGAUAAAGUGGAGGAACCGGAACCGGAGCCGCCGAGAAGCAAGCGCGGGCGCAAGAAGAAGGAGCCGUCGCCCUCACCACCGCCCAAGAAAAGAAAGAAGGAGAAGACGCUGUAUGUCGACGACGACGAUGAAGAAGAGAUUCCGCUGGCCCAACGUCGGGCUAAGAUCAAGCAAGAACAAGACAAGACGAAAGAAAAAGAAGAGAAGGAGCCAACGACGCGCGGCCGACGCAAGCAGCCGCGCACCUAUGUCGACGACGACUUGGACGAUAUACCGCUCAAGAACAUCAAAAAGGAGGUCAAGCCAGAUGAAACGGUCUCCAUGGAGAAAUACUACUUUGGACAAGUGGAGGGUGAAGAUACUAAGGGCAAGAUGGCUAUUGCUGUUCAGUGUCCAAUCUGCAACAUGGAGUUCAAUGAGAACAUAGAACUGAUGUUGCACAUCUACAAGCACGUGAUGCCUCCCCCGGCCGGCGCGAGUGACGACGCGCCGCAAUGUGUGUAUUGUCUCGCGCGCUGUGCCACAGAUGAGGACCUCGUGCAGCAUCUCAAGCAGAACCAUCCGGCUGAUACUAAGUCACCGGAGCUGUUCACUUACGCGUGUCUUAUUUGUGAGAUGCGUUUCGCGGCGGUGUUGACGCUGGCGUCGCACAUGCAGCGUUCGCACGCGCCGCUGGAGCUGCCGUACGCGUGCGCAUGCGGGCAUCGCGCCUCCUCGCACCGCGCCCUGCUCGACCACUACCGACAACACCAUCGGCAGCAGGACACGCUGUUCUGCCCACUGUGUCUCAUGACGGUGAUCGUGUACGCGGACGGGCACGAGCUGACUGCGAACGUGUUGUUGUUCAUCGAACACUUAAAGGCGCACCGAGAUAAGCUCGACGUGCGCUGCACCAGAUGCGUGCUCAAAUUCGUGUACCUCGGUCGACUGAAGGAGCAUCAAGUGCGAGACCAUGUGACUGUUCCUGAAGCAUUGCCGCUAUGUUCUGAAGAACACUUGAUUACCAAACCGAAGAAUAAGGCCCGUCCGCCGGUAAAGGAUUGCGCGAAUCACACGAUCACCGAGACUUAUGAGAAUGUCACUCUGGUUCUACCCGAAGGUAUGCUGUGUAGGGAGUGCGAUGGACCGCUGGACAACGAUCAACAUUUCCUCGGUCGCACGAAGUGUUCGAAGUGUCCGUUCGUGACGUCGUGCUACCGCGCACAGCUGCAGCACGGCGCGUACUGCGCGGGCCCGCACUCGCUCGAGGACGCGCCGAGACGUGCGCCUGCGCGCUCCUACUGCGUCUGCGGGUACAACACGCUCGUCGGUACUGAUAUGCUGACCCAUUUGCUGUCAUGCGAGCACAAGACCGCCUACAGUUCGGAGGAAGAGGCGCGCGCCAACACUGUGCGGUCUGCCGAAGAGAUCACCAACGGUAAACCCGUUGAAGAAACCGCGCCACCGGAAGCGCCGGUAGAGAGCGUGCCAGCUAUAGCUGACUACGCGCCGCCGUCCGUGCUCAACACUCAGCUGUCAUUGGACGACUUGGCACCGCCAUCCGUGUUGCAGAGUGACCAGCAUGAUCAAGAGCUACUAAAGGACGCGUACGACAGACCGCUCGCGACGCCCAGACAUGAAGAGCCGCAUUACAGCCUCGGCGACUUUGAACCCCUACCGCAGGAGCCGCCGCCGCAGCCCGACUUUGAACAGCUAUAAAUUAUAAGCAAUGAAUACCGUCAAAGGGGGUGAAUAGAGCUCAAUGAGUAAAACCAAACCUAAUUUGUAAUGUCUUUUUUGUAUGGACACGGAAAAGUAACUUGAUGGUAAGAAAGUGGGGUUCAAGAUAGUGAUUACUGACGGGAGACAAUUGCCCCUCAGUCAACACAGUUUUGCCGGCCAGAUUAAAACUGGAUAUAGCCUGGUUGAUGCCAGAAUGCGACACUUAUGUGAGCCACAGUAGCAGGUUAUACGUCUUUUUUAUAGUGAUUGUUAUCAUAAAAAUAAUCCUACCACCAGGAAAUAACUAGAUAGAGCAACAUUCAGUUUUAAUAUGCCUCUGUAAAAAUAUAUGUUUUACUACUUUCCUUAACGAAAAUGAAAAGUUUAUUACAAUCAAUCUAAAUUUCGUUCUUUUUUACCUUGUUGGGCAUUAUUCAUUCCUUUUUACGUAUAAUGUUUGUUGUUAGUAGAAUGGGUGUAUGUUUUACAAUUAAUAAGCAAGAAUUGUGUAGUUAUUGUUCGAUUCUCAUUUGUUGGGACUAUGAACAGAUUAUGAUAAAAAAUUACUUCUGUGAUAUGCAGGUUGGAACAUAAUUGAAGUAGCAACAGAAAUUGAUUGAAACCUUAAUUUGUGUAGCAGCCUGUAUAAUAUAAUGUCUUGGCAAACAAAAAAAGAUAUAGAUAUCAUAGAGCUUUUAAGAUUUAUUUGAAAUACCAUUCAGGUACAUGUUUUUUUUAAAAUACUAUAAAUGUCCUUGAAUUAUAGUAGGAAAGAAUACAUUUUUAUUUUACAUAAUAAUAUAGCCCUGCUGCGGAGUUGAAAUCAUUCACUAUUACAAUUAUUUUAUUGUACAUCAGGUAGCCUCAAAUUAAAAUGUGUUUCUCUAGCCUUUUGAUAGAAAUGUAAAGGAAUAUCUACCCACUUAACUAUAAAGUGUUGUUUUCAAAAAACAAUCUUAAAUCAGAUUCAUUGAAUAAACCAGUGGAAAUAACUUUAUUAGUAAGCAUUCCAAAAACAACAUUUCAAAUAUAGCAAGUGAUUGAAAAAGAGCACUCUGGAUCAUUUAUUGGAAUCAUCAGUAUAUCUUUAUUUCGUUAAAAUCUGUGGCCUUUUGUAAAGUGGGUAAAUAUAAUUUUACUUUUAUCCCAAUAGGAUACUGAAUACAUAUGAUGGGCAAUUUUAAAAUACAAGA